UUCAGUUUAUUUUUGUUUUUGGGCAGGAGAAAUAAUUGCUGGUGGGAAUUUUGUUUAUAACUGGCAAUUCUGGCAAAAAUGCCUGAUGGUGGACAGCCUGAGACUCCCUCAGAUGAUCUUAGUGAUCAGGAAGUUCGAGAUAAUCUACUGUGGGCGAGUCGUCCUUGCUUCCUGUAUCGACAGGAAUUCAAGGAUUGCAAGAGUAUCAAGGCUAGAUUUAACCAGUACUUUAUCUAUGGAGAGUCUAUAGAUUGUUCACAGUGGGGAAAGGACUAUGACAAUUGCGUGAAGUAUGAGGAAAAGGGAGAUAUCGUCGCCGGCCGGAAACUUCUGGAGAGUGAAGAUGAGAGACGGCACCGGAGGAUGGCGGCACACAAUGCAAAUGAUACAUGGAAGAAAAGGACUUCCCCACCGAAAGAAUGGAAUUCUCCACUGCCGGAGUGGUUUGUGAAGAACAAUGAAAAUACCUAUUUGGCAGCGAAAUCGAAGGAAAAAGACGGAAUAAUGGCUCCUGCCAAAGAGGAUUCUCUGUGUUCAGUGAUGUAGCAGCUUCAGGGGAUGUAGAAUAUCACUAAAUAAAUUAUCCGUGUAGGCUCAA